UCACACAUGUGAAACAUGGCGCCUGACAUAAGUGAAAAAGAUUUGUAUGAAGUGCUCGGAGUUCUCCAAGAUGCAACAGUUUCCGAGAUCAAGAAAGCCUACAGGAAGAAAGCGCUGACCUGCCAUCCUGACAAAAAUCCAGACAACCCCAGAGCAGCUAAGGAAUGGGAGGAAUUGUCCAAAGCCCUCGAGAUUCUCGCAGACUCCGAAGCAAGGGCUGCUUAUGACAAAGUUUUGAAAGCCAGAAAAGCAAAUGAGUUAAGGAACAGAGCACUUGAGAGCAAACGGAGAAAGGUCAAGGAAGAGCUCGAAGCAAGAGAAGCCGCAUUCAGGGAGGAGCAAGACCGGAGCAAAGGCAGAGAUGCGGCACAGCAGCUGAAGGCAGUGAUCAAGAGGCUCCAGGAAGAAGGCUCUCGUAUCUUGGCUGAGGAGCAGAGACUGUUGAAGGAGGAGCUGCAGAGGGAAGGCAGUGGGCUUCGUCAGGAGGAAGAUGAUCCUCCUCGGCUAAAACUUAAAUGGAAGAGUAAGAAAUCAGAUGAUACAAAUGGAGGAUACAGCUAUGAUGUCCUAUAUCGAACCCUCCUGAAGUACGGCCCAAUUACAAACUUGCUUGUGUCCAGCAAGAAGAAAGGGAGUGCAGUGGUGGAGUUUGGCACAUCAAGGGCUGCAGAACUUGCAGUCCAGAAUGAGUCUGGGCUGAGUACCAAUCCUCUGGAGCUCUCUUGGUUGUCAGGCCAACCCAAGGCAGCCACCGUAGCACCAAGCUCGUCAGCACAGCCUCCCAACUCCAACGCAGAUGAUGACUUUGAGUCCUUGGUCCUUCAGAGGUUGAAAAGUGCCGGACGACAACAGAGGUGUGGUGGACAACAUGCUGAGGAAGACAAAGAUGUCAGACAAUCAGCCCCCCAAGACGGCUCCCGUACAAGUGAUUUCGCAGCAAAGGAGCAAUAUUUAAGGCAUACCGAGGACAUCGCCUCAGUGCCUGAGGAUCUAUUGACGAGUGGGGACAGAGCAGAAACAGUUUGUUCUCAGGAGGGAAGCAUCCUCCAAGAGGGAAGACCGGAUAGGGACUGCGACACUUUUAAAACUUCCAACUCGGGCAGAACUGAGGCCAGGGACUACGAGAGUUUAGCGUUGAGGAGGAUGAGACAAGUGGCCGAGAGGCAGAAGUUGAUAGAGCAGAUGGCCAGAGAAGAUGCAGGAGAGACCUAAGAGCCGUUGCUAAAUGGUUUACAAGGCUACCAACGAAGAACACAGACAUGUUUUUGCUUAUAACAGCAGAGUUGGAGGUGGUUUUUGUGUUACGGUGUGGGCAGCAACUCUUGCCGAGGAUCAUUUUUAUGGCAUGCGGCUUAAAAAAUUGUCGACUAAUGCCAGCAGAAACCGGCAACAUAUCUCUUCAGUUGUAUGCCUUUUAUACUGGUCCAUGCUUGCAAGCCAUCCCUCAUCACAGACUGAUCCAGUGACCAGAAUUAGAUAAGUUAUAACUACAGUGGCAUGCCCAUGAAUAGCGUCAUGAUUUGCCUAAAUGCACACAUGCCUCAAGUUUAUGAAUGCCUGCAUGAGUAUGGUGCUUCUGCAGUAGUGGCCUCUCCGUUGAUUGUUCAAGGGGCUAAAAAUGUACCCGGAAUGAAUCAAGAGAAUGGAUGCUGACCAUGCUCGAGCUGAAGGCGAGGGACAUUAUCAGGUGUCCGUUCUCCUGAGCUGGUCUUAAAAUGAAGUUUAGGACAGGCCAAGCACAUAUGUGACCCGCUCCAGGAAAACGUGAUAUAAGUUACAAAAAUAAAAUCAAAUUAUAUACAUGACUGGAAAGCCCACAUUGUAAGCUUUCAUUUGGUAUAUGAUAGAGCUCCGUAGCUUUUCCAGUUCCGGAGCUAUGACACAUUUGCAUAUUAAUUAGUUCCAGGCAAUUGAAAUUGCAAAACCGAGAAAACAGGCUUUGAAAUAUCUUGCUCUGAUGUGGGUUGAAGGCAUUUAAAUCUUACUUAGCAACCAACAUGUUCUUGUGUUACAACUACCUUCAAAAUUCACACAAGGACUAAGAAAUUAGUAUUUUCAAUGAUUUUGUCAAAAAAAAAGGGAUUUUUUAAUCCAACGUUGAGCGGGUCAUUGCUCGUUAAUGCAUGGUGCGACUUAUAUCACCUUUUCCUGGAGUGGGUCACAUACAGUAUGUAGUUAUUCCCAUUCACAAAUACUUUUUGAGGUAGAGUAAAAAAAAGAAUUUCACUUCAUUUUGUCAAACAUGAUAUGGUAUGGUCCUCUCGUAAGUAGUUGUAAACAAUCUCCUAACACAUGUAUAUACAUAUAUGAAGAUUGACGCGCAUGGUGCGCAUUGCAUGAGGGGGAUCAAAGCCAGUCGGUGUUUUAUCAUUUGUUCAACACUGACCACAAUGGACUUUCAACCAAUCCACCUCGAGCAGAAGCACCCCCUCAUUGGUUCAAGGUUGAAAAGAGCCCUAUUGGUCAGGAGUGUUUUGUUG